AUGGCUGCUGCUGUGUUGGAAAUAGCCGUGGAGCUAAGCGAUGACACAGCCGUCCUCACUGAGGUACUGAGUCGAAAGCUGGGUCUGCCUAGCAACAGCUUCAUCAGACUUAGUCCUAUCAGUCUCACCGAUGAAGAAAUCGACCUGGCCUUCCAGCAGUCGGGCACCCCGAAAGAGGAAACGCAGCCCCACAAUCUACCCCCACCGUUGGUGCCAAUUCAGUCCACACAGCUCUCACCCUACAGUCCCCCCGGCUCCAGAUGGAGAGAUUAUGGUGCCCUCGCAAUUAUCAUGACUGGCAUUGCAAUCGGUUUCCACCAGCUUUACAAGAAAUACCUGCUUCCUCUGAUCGUGGGCGGCAAGGAAGACAGGAAACAGUUGCAGAGGAUCGACUCAAACAUCUCCGAGAUGAGUGGCAGCGUGACGCAGACAGUGACUCAGCUCCAGACCACUUUAGCCUCGGUCCAGGAGCUGCUCAUUCAACAGCAGCAGAAAAUCCAGGAGUUGACCCAAGAACUGGCUACCUCCAAGGCCACCACAUCGACCAACUGGAUUUUGGAGUCUCAGAGUAUCAGUGAGUUGAAGUCGGAGAUCUAUUCGUUGAAAGGGCUCCUCCUGAACAGAAGACAGUUUCCUCCUUCGCCAUCAGCCCCCAAAAUCCUCUCCUGGCAGAUGCCGGUGAAGCCCGCUUCCCCUUCUAAUCCGGUGACCAACAACCACAACACCAGCAGCGACAUCUCUCCAGUCAGCAACGAGUCCAACUCCCCUUCGCCCGUCAAGGAAAACCACAGCCCCGAAGGGACCAAGGUGGGCUGCCACCUCUUGAGCCCUGCGGAAGAAGGGGAGGCAAUGAUUGACCUGACGGGCCAAGUGCGGAUGGAGGUGCAAGGGGAAGAGGAGAAAAGGGAGGAGCAGGCUCGUAUAGAGGAGGAGGAGGAGGAAGAAGAGGAGGACAACCGCCCGGAUGAAGAGGAUGUCCAGACAGAGGAUCGGCGAGGAGGCGACGGGCAGAUAAACGAACAGGUGGAGAAGCUGCGGAGGCCCGAAGGUGCCAGUAAUGAGAACGAAAUUGACUAGCUCGAGGCGCUCAUGGCCCCCUCACCCACCCAUCUCAAUCUUUCUUCACCAAGGCUCCAAUCUCCCCCUCACCUCACUUCUGCGGCUCUCCCCGAUCUCGCACGCCAAGCAGGUGAUGGGCCCUCCUCUCCCUCCCCACCUCUCCUCCACUGCCAACCCUCGGCCCCUCCGGGUCUCCUCUCACUGUCCCUCUGCAGACAGACCUCCAUCUGUGGGGCCAGCCGCUCUGCUCAUCUCCCCCCCCUUCCCACACUGAUUCCCACCCAUCCAGCUGCCUAAGCAAGCACAAACAUUUCCAUUGGCGGAGUGGGGACCCCCUCAUUCCCACCUGCCCUUCUUCCUCUCGGGGGGCUUCUGGCCUUCCUCACUCACCCUCUUUAUUUAUUGCGUUCAGCCUGGAGGGCCAAAGGGUGCUCGCUUCCGCUCUUAGCUUUCAGAUUGGUUUCUUUGCAGAAAAGCUGCUGGUGCCCGAAAGAGUGGGGAUUUCAGGCUCAAGGCAACCCCACCCUCUUGCCCUCUUUCCUGCACCCCUUUCUCCACCUCUUCCUGCUUGUUCCACCAUCAGAAGGUGGGAACCUGCCUACAACUUUCCAGGGGCCCCGAUCUUGCCCAAAGAGACCCCCGCUUGGCACGGUUCCCCCUUCCCUGCCUGUGGGGCUGGGCUGUGGCCACUGGGGCUUCAGCUGCGUCCUAGCUCAAUCCCCCCAAUGGAGCUAUUUCCAUCUUUCCCUCAUGGGUGGGGACCUGUGUGUGAGGGACCGCCCCCCUUCCUUCCUCCUCCCCGUCCUCCCGUCUAUGGCCCGGUUGGGUGGAGAAAAGGAAACCCCGUUCUCUGGCGUCAUGUCCUUGAGUGUCGCCGCGGUGUUGGUUUCCAUUCCCGUCAUUAAAAGAGCCUCGAAACCAGUGACAAACAUCGCGAGCCUCCUCUUAUUGCGCAUCGUCCUCGCCGAGAGGACCCAGCGAACCGUGCUCAUCUGUGUGAUCAUGUAUAGAAUUCCAGUAUAAAAUAUGACUGUAUAUAAUUGUAAUAAAUAUGAGUUACCACUGUUUCA